CUUUCUCUCUCUCUCUCUAUCUCUGUCUCUGUCUGUUUCCAUUCCUGCUUUCUUCUUGCUUGGAAACAGUCAUUAGUCCACGCAUGCUCCUUUUCCUGCCGCCCCUCUUCCUUGUUUCUAAUAUCAACUUCUUCCCCUGUUCUCCCUUCACUCAAUUUCUUCCAUAAAGUUUCUUCCUUUUCUCCAUUCUAUGUAAAAUCACCAACAGGGGAAGGUUGAGGUUUUGAAAAUGGCCGGAUCUUCAGCUGUUGCUGCAGCUGCCGUGUCCAUUGCAGUCCUUGCGUUGUUCUUGAUCGGAUUGUACUUUUGGUGGCGGCGGCGGCGGCGGCGUCUUAUACAAUCAGAAACUGUUGAGACGUUACAGAGUGUAGAAAAUUCUCAACAGCAAUCAGGUUCUCGGACUGUGACGCUUCAUCACCAAUCUGAAUCAGAGGGCAGAAGGCGACUCAGUAAUUUUUACCCUCGUGGGGUUUCUCCAAAGCCUUUGUUCAGUUGGGACGACAGCCCUUCGCUUGUCAACGACGCCGUCGAAAAUGGAUGGACCCAAUUCGCUUUUACGGACUACAUGUCGCUAUCUUCUCCAACUUCAAGAUCCCGAUUGUUGGGUUUGUGUACGGCCGGAGAGAUCGAGAAGGAGAUAGCAGAGGCGGAGAUUAGCUGGGAAGUGAGUCAAGGAUCGGCCGAUUUCAUGCAAAAGAUUAGGCUUAAUUCUGGGUUUAACAACACCAUUACCAAUACAAUCUCUUCUUUUCCCUCUGCUUCCUCUGUAAUCAGAACUGCUCUGCCAUUACCGGGCCCUCCCCUGGCGUCCUUCCCGCAAGAAGCGUAUUUUGAGAUCACUAUUCUGUGUAUUUCCGGCGAUGAAAAUGAACCCACUGGAGCCGCGAAAGAAGGGGAGAGGAUCAAAUUGAUACCCGAGAAUCAUUGCUCGAAGACGAGCUCGGAGUCUCUGCCUUAUUUUACAUCUAAUAACAAAGUAAGCAACGUUGAGGAAUCGAAGCUCAAUGGGAAAGGCGAGGAUGAUGAAGCAGUGGAAGACGUGAUGCUAUCCAUUGGGCUUACUUCCGGCACCUCCGCCCCUUCUAAACUUCCCGGCAGCUAUUCCGGCAGCAUCGGAUUCAACUCCAAUGGCUCUGUCUAUCUCGAUGGCAUCAAACUAGUGUUUGAAUCUGAGAGAGAAGAGUGGGGAAGGGCGGAGAAGGUGAUCGGAUGUGGGUUUGAUCCGAAACAGAAGAAGGUGUUCUUCACGGUGGAUUCGGAAUUGGUGCACGUGAUCCAUUGCAAGUCGGAGGAAUUCGGGAGCCCAUUGUAUCCGACUCUGGCGGCCAACGCGGACGUAACAGUUUUGGUAAAUUUGGGGCAAAGCAUGUUCAAGUACAUAACAGCUCAAAGAACACCAAAUCCUUGCUUUGUAAGUCAGCUUGUGAAUGCGGCGGGUGGGUUCCAUGGCAAUGGGUACGAAGAUAGCAGAGAGCUUUUCUCGAUGGGAAUGAUCGAUUCCCAGUGGUUUAGUCGGCUUACUCCCAAAUCCACCAACAAUCUUGUUGCCGAUCAUCGGGAGGACGAUGAGAUGUCCGAUGAAAUUGAACUUUUUGAAAUUGUGGUGGAAGAUGAAAAACGAACGUAACACACACACACACACACACAAAUUUGCAAUUCCAACAGCGUUGUUUGUGAAUAUGAGCAAACUGAGAUUUGAAUUUGCAUAAACAAAGAAAAUCAAUUGACA